AUGGUUCUUUCCACCAAAUGCUUCACGCUCUUGCUUCUUCUCUUCUUCUCGUUUCCGCUGCGCUCGCUGAUUUCGGCGGCCCAGGAGGUUCGGUCGCGGGCCUUUCUGCCGUGGCUUCCGUUUCGGUGGCUGUCGAGGUGGAGGGUUGGGUGGCGGCGGGCUAGUGGCGGCGCUGGUCAUGAAGGAGGGUUCGGAGGUGGAGGUGGUGUCGGUGGAGGAGCUUGUGGUAGUGUCAGAGGUGGCGGAGGAUUCGGAGGUGGAGGUGGUGUCGGUGGAGGAGCUUGUGGUAGUGUCAGAGGUGGCGGAGGAUUCGGAGGUGGAGGCGGUGGAGGUGCCGGCGGUGGGAGCGGCUCUGGAGGAGGUUUCGGGACUGGCAAUGACGGCAGUGUGGGAGGAUGUGGAGGGUUCGGAGGAGGUGGUGGGGGUGGUCUUGGAGGUGGGAGCGGCCACGGUGGAGGAUUCGGCUCUGGUGGCGGCAUAGGCGGCGGCGCCGGUGGGGGAGUUGGAGGUGGUGGUGGUUUUGGCGGCGUCGGCGGAGGUGGCCCCGGCGGUGGGAGUGGUCAAGGCGGAGGAUUCGGAGCCGGUGGGGGAGUGGGCGGCGGCGCAGGAGGCAACGUCAGAGGUGCAACGGUGAUGUAG